CCGUGGCCAUCAUAAUGAUCGCUCCCAGGGGUGCCAGGAACAAAAUUGAAACGACCGACAUCCUCAGAACAUCUGUAGCCAGUGAUAUUAUUUCCGGAUGCUCACGUUGCCCCGCGUGCUCAAGUGUCAACGGCGCCAGCGUUGCCUGAAAUUAUCUCAACUCAAUUUCAUAAUUUCAAAAACCGCUUUCGAGAAUCACGUGGUUGUAAUUGACUCCGAGUACGUUAUUUGCUUGUGAAUAAAAAAAAUAUUUGAAUUAUGGAAAAUAAAAAAUCGCUGAAUGGAGAAGAUAACGCAAGUUGGUAAACGUCAGCAAUUAUUAAAGAGAUUGUUGUCACGAGCUCGCUGUUGAUGCUCGAUGGCGCGUGCUGGCACACAGCGCUGGAGAAAUCCCGCCCCGGAAGGUGACGAUGUUCAACGAUCGAUCGAGUUGCUGGACAAGGUGCUCUCUGAAUACGACGAGCACGGCAGUAACGAGGAGCCUGGAGACGAGCUUGGCGAGGUCGAGGAAGGUAGCAGCGCCUCGGGCGUCGGUGAAGCCGUUGAUGAGGCUGACGCCGACGCCGAUGGGCAGGUUGGCGGACGUGAUAGCAGUACCGAGCCCAGUAUUGGCCUCACUCCCGAGGACGAGAGCCCUUCUUUAGGACAUCAGUCCGAAGACGACGGUUACAUGAGUAUGAAUGGACGUAAAGCGAAAAUGGCAUUAGUCGCAUUGCGUCCUGUACCGGAUUGUCCGGAGCCGCAAGAGUCGUCAGCUAAUAAUGCUCCGUCAUCCCUUGAAUUUCCACCACCGCCAGAAGAAGCCGAGCGUAUUAUCUCGACGCUCCUACCCAUAGUCUCGCCGAGUGAUUCGUCGAAGAGAAGAAGCACAGGCGGCAAGUCUGGGAGACGUGGCGACAAACAGACGGAGGAGAUGACGAGAUCGCGUCAUCGGGGACACGCUGUCACAAGUCAGACUACUCUGCCAAAAACACGACGCAGAAAACUGUACGGUUUGUGGGACCGGACGUCUAAUUCAUCUCUGGAGACGCGACGUAAUUCGACGUCGGGGAAAUUUGCCAGUUUGCCGUAUGACGUUCAAGUGUCUUGUGACUGGAUACUGGAGUCUAAGUGUCAGAGUAAAAAUUCGCAAGAAAGACACCGGGAAAGUGCAAGCAGACGUAGACGAGUGCGCUCGGCGAAUGUCGUAGACACGGAGAAUGUUCAACAAAUAUCCUGCAAUAAUGAUAAUACUAAUGGUAAAUUAGAGGCUGUGGUGGAUUCUAGUCGAGAUGAUGCUGAUAAUAAUCUGCGUUGUAAAGAAGCGGAAGCUUUGAAAGAUGAUGAUGAGGUCGAGGAGGAGGAAGAGGAGGAGGAAGACGGAGAGGAAGUUGAGGAAGAUGAAAUUGAUGAGGAUGAACUUGACGAUGAAGACGACGAAGAGCGACGGGCGGAUGACAGAGACGAGGAAUUACGAGGCGAGAGAAAUCACUCGGAUUCUAGCUGUGAUGGAAGAUUCUCACGUCGCAGAAGAAGAAAAAGAAAAGUAGGAUUGGAUCGUGGAGUCUCGGAAUCGGAAUCCGAGAGAUUUUCAAUGCCACGAUCUAGUUCCGUAAGCGUUGAACGUUUUUCAAUGCGCGCCAAUUGUGAUUCGUCCGAUUUUUCACGAGCCAACUCAACCUCCAACGAACGUUUUCAUUCAGAUUUUUCACUGGCCGUUGCCAGUGCAAGUUCAAAUGACCGUAUGUCCAUACCAACCUCGGAUCCUUUUUCCGUACGGAAUCUUGAUUUUGCAGUGUCAGCAUUUUCUUUAGGUCGAGCUGACUCUUGCGAUGAAAGAUUUUCGGAUGUUUACUCGACAAGAAAUUCUGAUUUUUCGACGAGAAAUUCAACAGACUUUAGAACACAAUCGGAGGAGGAAGAGAGGUUUUCAGAUGAUUCACUUGAAGAGAUGUUGAGAUCAGCUGUGCCACAGCCACCGCCGAUGCCACCGUCGCCAGAAAGCCAGCCUGUUGUAUGCAAGAGGCACUCUAUCGCUUGGGAAGUAUCUCUUGAAGAAGAUCCCCUAUAUGCUCCAGGCAGUACUAAAGUUGUCGGAAGAAGACGACGACGUAGCAGCGAUGUAUCUAGCGUGGGUUCAGCGUCGAAGCUACGGGAUCUAGAUUACGACUGGCAAGAACCUCACCGUCGUUCAACGACCGACGAUGAUCUCAUCUCGCCCUAUUCACCAGAUUCAUCGACCAACGAACUGGAUCAGCCAGUGUCUGGAAAGCGAGAUUAUCCUACGAAAAACGGCACGUACGUAAUACGUGGACGUACGCGAAAAAGAGAACGUAAGCCUUUGAUCACGUCUACUGUAUCGCCGACGAGAAAUACUAAAGCGGAUUCAACGGAAACCACAAACGUUUCAAAACGCUACUCAAAUACUUUCGACGAUAUAAAGAGUCUGCUACUCGAAGGCAGAUUGGAGGGUCUCAAUGAACCACCGCCAGACUUUGUACCACCAGUACCUCCGGAUCUCGUCAGAGUUCUAUCUCUACCUGCUUUUGAUGACGUCGAUGCGCCAGAGAAAACAACUACCACAAUAAUAACAACAACAAAUGAUUUGCCUGCUGCGAGACAUCGCACCGAUUAUCUCUCCUCGUCAUCUUCUUCCUCAUCACCGCCACCACCAGCUCCGUCUCCACGUGCUGAUAAAAAUAAUCACCACGAAGUUCUUCCCAAAUCCAAGUGCAACGGAGUCAAUGCACGUGGUCUGCUUCCCACCUCAAAGAGCCUGGACAUUCAUGCCACCAGUCGGUCACACGACGACACCAAAAUUAAGACGUCCUCCAAAAAGUCAACGUCCUCCGCAUCCAGGAAGUCUGAUUCGCGGUCCGAAAUCUCCAAGAUCCCGGUAAAUGUGUUGAUUGAAGAUCAGAUAGUAAAGAAAGCUCUUAACGAGAAUCGUAGACAAUUGGAAAAGGUUAGCGAUGCUAUAAAAGAACUUGAAAACGUCAGAAAUAGCGAAUCAUUUGUCGAGGGCAAACGAAGAAUAAAAGAUAAUUCAAAGAAAUCAAGAGGCAUUCGCAAUGAGGUUGAUUCGGAUUCGGAAAAUGUCAAUGAGACUUCAAGGGAAGACGAAGACUGUGAUCAGGGAUGCAGCAGCACUGAGUAUGACCACCGGAGAAAGCCUAAUGACACGAUCAACGAGCUCGUGUAUUCUUCCAGUCGGCGUAUUGCUCAAAAUGAUAUCGACAGCCUGUCAAAGAAUGAUCAAAGACAAAUUGAAAACGUGAUUGAUGCUAUACUAGAGGACUCGAAAAAUCCCGACUUCCAGGUCAGUGUCGAAGUGCUCGAGUUCCCACCGCUUCCACCGUCACCGGUAGAAGAGGCUGAUGAAGAGAGCUCGGAUGUAAAUGUUGCUCCUGUCAUUGUAUCAACCCACUAUGGAUCCCACCGCGCAAUGACUCGUCAACCACCACGGACGAUAGAGUACAGGCCACGAGUGCCACCUCACAGAGUACCCACUAUUGACAUCAAGGAUCAUCGAUCCUCGUUGGACACUACUAGGUCAAUGGAUGCCGGAUACUCUCGUAGCAGAAGAACUCCAAAUGCUCCAUCCAACUCAAGACGUGACGUGCCAGUAGAACGUCGUACACUUCCGACAGACUUGCCAGGUCCCUCGCGAAGACGUACCACAACGAAACAAUCCCCAUCAGCAGAUAAUGCAAUGGGAACACCGAUUAUGGGUACAAUUGCACCCCCGGGUAAUUCUGGUAUGCAAACAUCAUGCUCCCUUCCGGAAACUCCAGUAUUUGCUCGAGGAAGCGAUAUUCCCCGCACACCACAACAUACUUCAGGCAAUACAUUAUCAACAACAACAUCCACAAUGUCGACGGCUGCUACACAGCCUCGGAGACAACCCGGUUGGUAUGCGCCGACGACUGCAACAACUGGAGGAUACCGGAGAAACAACCCAGGACUGGAGCAAGCGAUUAUCGGGACGGAGCUGCUUCGUCUUGCUGGUGGGCCCAAUCGCGGGUGGUAUCCAACCCGUCGCGGAGCGAAUCAGCCUCGUCCAGCGUCGAUCGAGCACCUGGAGCGCCUGAAUAGUGCCUACGAGUCGCGACUGCCUACCGCCGGGGAGCAGAGGAAGCCGCUGACUCUGCCGACCAACAUAACGCCCAACAAAUACUUCGGUCAAAGUAAGCACAGCUCCGCCACUUCCGGCACUCGCGAGGCACUUCGGAGGGUCACUAGCUUGCUCAUCAAAAAAGGAAGCACCAAGGAGAGCAAGGGAACUGGAAAGGACGUUUUUCCUGCUGGGCCUUACUCUGGCGGCGAGCCGAGUGACGUACCAAAGAAAAAAGGUUUCUUCAAGAAUUUCUGGAAACGUUCACGGCACUACUCUCUGGAGAAUCAAUAGCCCAGGUGUUACCUUGCUGUUAAAUGUCGCCAGCCACGUCGCGGAGAUUUUUUGUCACCCCAACAAAGUUAUUUAAACAAACAACGUAUUAAUGGAAAUAGUAAUAAUGAACAACAGCAGCAGCAGCUACCACAAGAGCAACAGAGUCGCAAUAAUAAUAAUAAUAAUAAUCAUAAUCGGAGUCAGCAGCAGCAAGAGCAAGAUUACGAACAGCAGCAAUUACAACUGGCAACAGCAAAUCUUAUUGAAAAUCCUUGCUGCUGUAUUGCGCAAUAAAAUCACGGGACCGUGACCUCACUAAAAAAAUAAAAAGUGUGAUUCGUUAAACUGUAAAGUCUGUAUUGUAGCGGUGGCAGCGAUUAAGAGGGCGUUUUAACGGGAGCCUAGACGCUAUUGAAACCUUUUUCUUUUUUUUAUACUCUCUAUUUAUUAUACUCCGCUGGUUUUCAAUCUUUUACUCUUCAACUUUAUAAAUUCCCGGGACUCGCUUUCGAAAUGAGUCCAUUAAUAUUUUAAACAAUCUGUGACAUUGAACACAGUGAUAGAUUAUUUUAAGGGAGAGACUUGAAUUUUAAAAAUAAAUACGACUAAUGUCUGAGGCGGAGAGAUAGAGAUGUAUUUUCUAGAGUCCAGUGACCGGAAAUAAAAGUGGUACGAGUGUUGAAAGACGAUAUAAUAAGUGGCUUCGAAGUGUUAUCGCCCAAAGAUACCGUUCGAUUUUACAAAAUUUACAGAAGUAGUUGCUCGCAAGUAAUCGCCGCUUUGUUUGUUGUUCAUAGUAUAUAUAUAUUUACUUAUAUAUAUACCCUGAAAAACACGAUACAAAAUAAUGAUUUUUUAACUAGUAAUUUACAUCACAAAUGAUAAUAAUAUAUUAUAUAUUAAUUAAUAAAUUAACUAAUUUAAAUAUAAAGGGGUCGAAGUAUUUUUUCAUAUGCGCUUUGCUCGAAUGGAAAAAAAAAAUGAGUUAAUUAAAAUUUUUAAUAAUGAGCACAAUGCGCUGUCAUAAAUACAAAUACUAGUCGAAACGAGAUGCAAUAUAUUUAAUCGCUUGAACGCGAAGUCGGCCAGGAUAUGAUAAAGCAAAUGGAUAAAAAAAAAAUAAUAAUAAUAAUAAUAAUGUAGUGCAGUUUUGUCAAGAAUUUAUACGCGUGCAGAGUUAUGCGACUCAAGUCACCGCGACAAUCGAUUAACGUGGCUGAUAAAAAUCGUUCCGUUAAAUUAAAUAUAUAUGCAGAUAUAUAAAUAACAAAAUAACGUAUCGGAUUAUUUAUAUAUAUGUUACGUGGACAUAAAAAUAAUAUUUUGAGUACGAGUUGAUGGCAUUGUCGUAAAAAUACAAUUAUGUCAAUGUCAAUCUGGUUGAUGCUGAAAUAAAAAGAUUUAUUAUUGUAAAAGCUUAUGGUAAACCGCUGAAAUUUUAAAUAAUAUUUAUAUUUAUAUAUUUGCCGCUGCUCAAUGGUAUUUUACAAUGCCCAACAGUUAUAUAUAUUUAUAAAUAUAUACAGAAAAAAACAAAUUUCUUGACAUAAAAAAUUUUUUCGUCCUAAUAAAAUUUGAUACUGAAUUUACCCGCCUAAUUUUUGAAUUUUUUUCAAAAUGAUAAAUUAUAAAAAAAAAAUAUUUCAAAUAAUUGCACCUGUAGUUUUUUUAAUUUUCUACACAUGCAUUUUUUUUUUGUAAUUAAUUAGUUUAAAAAAAUUGUUAAUUGUCUGCUAACUUCAAAAUCCUGAAAAUUUUACUUACGUCAAGAAAUUAUUUUUUUUUCUAUAUAUAUACAUAUAUAUAUAUUUACUUAUGUGUACUAACAUACAGCGGCGACAAUUCCAUUCGAGUAGGAUUGUUGACUUAGUUGAUAUACUCCAUUAAACAAUUACUAUAUAUAUCUAUUCAUAUUAAUAGUUAAAUUGUAAAAAAAAAAUUGAUAAUUAGUGAUUAUAAUUAAAAAUGGUUCUUCUUAAGAUCAACAAGACUAUUUAAAUCUUAUUAAAGUAGUUUACUUAAUAAUUACUAUAAGCUGUUGAGAGUGAAUAAAAAAAAAAAAAAACAGAAAAACGUUUUUGUGACCCAGACCCAAGUACCGAACUACAUGCCUUAAAUUUAGUAAAGAGAUUUAAUUAACACUUAUUUAUGUAUAUUGAUGAAACCUGGCGCACAUUACUCAUGUAUUAAUUAAUUAACUAACUAAUUAAUUAGUAUUAAUAUUAAUAUAAUAGACUACACGUUUAAUACGUAAAAAAAAAAAAACAAUUGUAGUAUAAAUAUAUAUAAACACCAUGUAUUUAUGUACCGCAUAUAAAUUUAUGGGCAAUAUAUUAAUAAGCAGACUCUCUUGGUAGUUUACCGAGUGACAUUGUAUUUAUUAGAGCCUGUGAUGUAUAUAUACUUAUAUAUUAAUAUAUAUAAAUAUAUACGUG